UGACAGAUCAUUUCCCUACUCGAGGGACAAUCAGCCAAGAUGACUGAAAAGACAACAUUCUCCGACGUCGACUAUACUUCUCACAAGGAGAACACAAAAGAGACGACGAUUCAUGAUGAAGCUCCUCAGCGUCAGGCUUCGGUCGCUCUCAACAUUGUUGACAACCCUUUGAGACGUACCAACAAGGAACAAACCGUUCUCGAUGCCCGAACAUUCGCUGAAUCGCAUGGCAUGGCCGACGAUGCCGCCCUGUUUGGCAGAGCCGCUCUCGUCGCGCGUGACCCCGAACGAUUCGAGACGAUUCCCGACCUUACUGAGGAAGAGCGUGCAGCCCUCAUUUACGAAAGAGAUCACAAAUGGCAUGGACCUAAGAUGCUAUGGUAUUCGAUCGGUCUCUGUGCCAUCGGUGCUGCCACACAAGGUUGGGAUCAGACUGGCUCGAACGGAGCCAACUUGUCCUUCCCCGAAGAAUUCGGUAUCGGCACUAAAUCUGCUUACGACACAUGGAUCGUUGGUCUGGUCAACUCCAUUAUUUUCCUCACGGCUGGCCUCAUUGGCGCUUUCAUCGUCGAUCCAUUGAACAAAUACCUCGGCCGUAGAGGUGAAAUUUUCCUCACUGCUGCCUGUCUUACUGCCACUCCGAUUGGCUCGGGUUUCGCUCAAUCAUGGCAUGGUCUCUUCGUCGCACGUUUCGUCAUGGGUAUUGGUAUCGGCGCAAAAAACGCGACCGUCCCUAUCUACUCGGCUGAGAUGGCCCCCGCUCGCAUUCGUGGUGCCCUUGUCAUGUUCUGGCAGCUUUGGGUCGUUAUUGGUAUCUUCUGUGGCUUCUGCGCAAACGUUAUCGUCAAAGAUGUUCCUCGCAUUGCAUGGCGUCUUCAGCUUGGAUCGGCCUUCAUUCCAUCCUUCAUCCUUAUGUGCGGCAUUUUCUUCUGCCCCGAAUCGCCUCGUUGGUUGAUGAAGCACGGAAAAAUCGCUCAAGGUUUCAAGUCUAUGGCUGCUUUGCGUGCGCAUCCCAUCAUUGGCGCAAGAGACUACUACUAUUCGUAUGUCAUCUACGAGGAGGAGCUCAAGGUUGCCAGUGGAUCAACCUACUUCACCCGUUUGAGAGACUGCUUCACUGUACCUCGUAUCAGAAGAGCCAACUAUGGUGCAUCGACUGUUAUGAUUGCCCAGCAAAUGUGCGGUAUCAACAUCAUCUCUUUCUACAGUUCAACCAUCUUCACAAACGCUGGCUAUAGCAACGACCAGGCUUUGUUCGCAUCUCUUGGUUAUGGUGCCAUUCAAGUCGUCUUCACCAUUCCUACGUUGUUUUUGAUCGAUACGAAGGGCCGAAGAACAUUGACCUUGAUUACUUUUCCACUUAUGUGUAUCUUCCUGCUGGCUGCAGGUCUAUCGCUUCUGCAACCCGAAUCCGCCAGUUCUGCCUCCAAAGUCGGACCUGUCAUCUUAUUCGUCUACCUCUUCACGAUCGCUUACUCCUUGGGAGAAGGCCCAGUCGCGUUCCAGUACUCUGCUGAGGUCUUCCCUACCAUCCAGCGUGAGCAAGGAAUGGCAUGGGCAGUCUGUAUCAACAACACUUUCGCUGGUAUCCUCAGUCUGACAUAUCCUCGUAUGGAAAGCGUAAUGACCGCAACUGGUGCUUUCGGCUUCUAUGCCGCACUGAACCUGAUUGCAUGGUUCAUGAUCUUCGCCUUUGUCCGCGAAACCAAACAGCUCACUCUGGAGGAAAUCGAUCAAGUCUUUUCGGUCCCUACCAAGACCUUCCUCAACUACGAGUUGACCACCUGGUUGCCUUACUUCGUCAAGCGCCACCUCCUGUUCAAGAAGAAUACCCCCAAGCCCCCACCCAUUAUCGAGAAGGCUAGCUGGCACGACCAAGACGUGACUCCCACAGCUUAAACAACACAACUCCACAUAUUCCGACACACCGACUAGAUACCUGGAGAGUGCAUAGGAGUUGGCUAUACGAUAUUCACGAAUGGUGUAGGAGAGGAGAGAUACCCUUAGAGGACGCGAUGCGGACGAACAAUCCGCAAGUAUGGUAGCGUCAUAAUACUGUCGGUGGAUGCACAUGUUUUUUCCUUACAUCGACGAUUAUCG